CAGAUCCGACGUCAGACUACCUCUAAAGCAUUUCAAUUCACACUCAAAUUAUAGAACGACAAAAAUGAUCAAUGAGGGCGAUGAUGUUUCGUCAAAUAAAUAGUAUGUGCAUGGUGACGCGUUCCCUGACUCGCGGUGAGAAGCGGCACUUGUCCGUGGUGCCUUUGCUCUGGAACAAAUCUAGUUCCCAAAACGAUGGGAUCUUUGCUUCGAAGUCCGAAGAGGGAUGGUCCACCGAGGCGGAACAAUUUGGAAACAGGAAGAAGUUGAACCGCCGCGAAGCCUUAAGGAAGAUGAUGAGGGACAACAGCAUUGAGCAGCAGCCUGGCGAAGAUCAGAUUUCUGAGCAUGGUCCUUGGGUCCCCCCGCCCUGCUACCGCGGGCCUGAAGUCAAGAUGAUGCCCGAGAAGGAGGCCCCCAAGGAUGAGAAGAAACUGAAGCUGAACCGCCGUUUCUAUCUGAGACAGAUGUGCAAGGAGAGCCUGAUGAACCCCAAAGUGAAGAAGCCGAUCGACGACAUGCAAAUCGACUCAAUCAAAAUAAAUAGGGAGUCGCUGAAUCCUGCACGAGUGGAAUCCUUGAAACUGAAGUGGAAAAAGCGCCAGGAAGAGAUUGAAAAGCGUAGGCAGGAGGCUGGCAAGAACAAGUACGUCUCCCGUUUCGAGAUGAACACGGGACGGAUGGAGAAGAUCAAAUAAUCGAUCACUCCAAGCCCCUCCCCUAUGCUACCCCUCUGUGACACUCCCUGCACACACACACCUGUUGGGUCGAGGGCAUCCUUACAGAGUUUCAAUUGUUCAAAUUCUUGUUAUCAUCCAGCAAAAGACUUCAAUGAACAGUGGAUAUCUUAACCUAGAGAGUCUCUAGAGUAAGCUGCAGAGGCAUGUGUAUAUUCAAGCUGAAAAAUAGAUGGUUUAAAUGGUAUACGAAUUACAGUGC